AUGAUUCUUUUAUUCGGACGUAGUGCAGCUAGAGAUCUGAAUCUGACUCAUGUCGAUUUCGAUGAUUUUGAUGAUUCCGAUGCCGAUAGUGACGAUGUCGACGAAGAUGAUUCCGAUGACGAUGAUUCCGAUGACGAUGAUUCCGAUGACGAUGAUUCCGAUGACGAUGAUUCCGAUGACGAUGAUUCCGAUGACGAUGAUUCCGAUGCCGAUGGAGACGAUGCCGAUAGUGACGAUGUCGACGAUGUCGACGAAGAUGAUUCCGAUGCCGAUGGAGACGAUCCCGACGCUGAUGAUUCCGAUGCCGAUGAAUAUAUGUUGGAAGCAAUACACGAGCUGCCAACCUUCAAUCCGUUCUUCAAUUUACAUCCUGAUUCCUCUCCCUUUCGGUUGAAAAUUUUAACAACCCCGUCCUUGUUUACCUCAAUCCAUGCAAUAGGCAAGUCUUUUAUUUUGCCACAAAUAUCCACAUAUAAUCUAGAGUAA